GCAAGCAGAAGGCAGUAGUAUUGACAUCAGAGAGUUGAAAAAUCAUUUUCCUCGAAAUGGGAAACAGUUGUACAAAGCUACCGGCGGACUACGAAAUUUUCGUGAAAACAGGGGAUAUGAAGGGCGCAGGAACGGACUCAAAUGUCUACAUCAUUUUGAUAUCUCAGUCAGGAAUUGAAUCCCGUUGCAUCAAUCUUGAUUGCAAAUGGCGUGACGACUUUGAAAAAGGGAAUGUGGAUAGUUUCAAAGUCGGCGGCAUUUCCCGACUUGGUUCCAUUGGAAAGAUUGUUUUGUGGCGAGACUCGUCCGGACUGAAUGACGAAUGGUUUGUCGAGUGGGUGAAAGUUUGCAAUCUUCACGCGAUGUACGAGAAUGUGGAUUGCUUUCCCGUCAACAGGUGGAUAAGACACGACAAACGAAUGGUUAUAACGAAGUAUGACUGCAUGUUACCACAGCUUGAUAGCAACAAAGAGCAAAGAGCUUUAGAAAUCACGGAGAAGAGGCGAACCUAUGGAUUAACAAGAAAAAAACCUGGUAUACCAAAGCAGAUUACAAAAUUCCCGAAGGAUGAACACUUCAGCAACGAAUAUAAGUGGGAUAUCCAAAGCACAAAGUACCGUCUGUUUGCGCAAUCCAAGUUGACCAAGCUUACCACAGACUCUUGGGAAAAUUUACAAGAUUUGAGAAACAUUUAUAAAGGAAAAUUCAGUGUGCCUGAGGGUGCCCAGUACUGGAAAGAUGACAAAAAUUUCGGUCGGCAAAGAUUGCAAGGAUGCAAUCCAAAUGUUAUUCGUUUAUGUACCGAACUUCCAUCAAAUUUUAAAGUUACAGCAACCAUGGUAGAACCGUUUCUUGAAGGGCGUUCUUUGCAAGAUGCGAUGGACCUGAAUAAAAUUUACAUCAUCAACUAUAAAGACAUGCUAGAUGUAACUUGCAUGGAAAACAGAACGUUGGCGGUUCCAAUGGCUUUGUUCUAUGUCAACAAGCAGGAAGAUCUUAUUCCAAUUGCUAUCCAACUCUUUCAAGAGCCAAAAAAAAACAACCCAGUUUUCCUUCCGAACGAUCCGGAAUAUACUUGGAUGUUGGCAAAGAUGUAUUUUAACAACGCUGAUUGUUCUUACCAUCAAGCUUGUACGCACCUCGGUUUCACUCAUUUGAUCGCAGAAACGAUUUGUAUCGGGACCCACAGGCAGCUGUCGCCAUCUCACCCGCUAUUUCGCUUGAUGGCGCCACAUUUUCUGUACAUUUUGGCUAUCAACACGCUUGCGCUCAAUAAACUGAUUUCCCCAAAUGGUUGGAUUGACAACACGAUGACGUGUGGAGCAAAUGGAAUUCUUGAAAUAGUGAAAAAAAGUUGGAAAACCUGGAGACUGGAUGUGCAAGGUUGGUUGCCCAGCGAUCUGGCCUUCAGAGGGGUAGAUGAUUUGGAAGCUCUCCCCUACUAUCCAUACAGAGAUGAUGCCGUGCUAUUACAUCAGGCUAUCUGGGAUUAUGUACGCGAUGUGCUGCAGGGCCAUUACGAUACACCAGAAAAGCUCAUCGAUGAUUGGGAGAUUCAAGAGUGGGGAAAAAUGUUGACAGAUGAAAGAGAAGGUCUGGGCAUUAAGGGCGUACCCGGAGAUGGUAGUUUCACCAACUUGGAAGAUCUCAUUCAAACUGUGACAUCUGUGAUAUUUAUAUGCAGCGUUGGACAUGCAGCGUCUAAUUUUGGUCAAUAUGAUGACUACGCCUUUCCACCCAACUAUCCAGCGAUACUACGUGGCAACCCUCCAACUGAUAAGACAGAGUUAUCAGCGAAGGAUAUUCUUGCACAGCUACCAAGUAAAAAUACAACGCUCAGCAUCAUGGUAGUUACAAAAAUACUAAGUGAUCGUGGAACGAACUCUCUUGGUAAUUUUGAAGUUCAGUAUAUGCAUGACCCGAUUGGAAUUGAAGCUGUAAAACGAUUCAAGAAACGGCUCUUAGAAGUGGGAGAAAUAAUUGACGAAAGAAAUAAACGUCGCCAAUUUCCCUACCCGUACUUGCAUCCUCUUGAAGUGCCUAAUUCUAUUAGCAUUUAAUUCCAAUGCAUAAAUAAAACUCUAAGAAUUCUCUGGAGUUACUUGAUUAUAAUGAAUAUCUAUUGAAUUAUGCCGUAUAAUUAUAAUGAUUAUAAACUU